GUCUGCGCCGGAGCGACAACCACAGCAGUUCAUAGCGGACCGUUCUGCACGACGCACCAUCGUCCCUCAGAACGCCGUUACAUCUCGCGCACGACGCGCAUGCCACACACUGACUGGAGCAGCACCACCAUCAGUCAUAUCACGAUUAAAUAACAUACAUAGUAUAAAUAGCGUGCAACACAUAACUUCGGCAUCACCUCCACCGGCUAAUAACUACAGAAAUCAUUCGUAGCCACGGCACCCAAACACUUGCACACAGACAGUCACUGCACUGCAGCACAGCACGAACAGGGCUACCCAAGACCGACGCAUCAUUAUGUCGCAUCAUUUCGCCGCCGUCGGAGACGGAGUGCCUAUGAAAUCGACGGUCGGGGUGGGUAUACCUGUCUCGGCCGAAGAUAUAAUUCUCCAGACAUUCGACAAUGAUGACAGAAAACUGCAGGUGUGCGGGUCUAUGCGUCCAAUUAUUACAGAAUUAGACAAUGGUAAGAAAGGAGCUAUUCGAACAGAUGUUGCAGAUCUUGUUCUCGUAAAGUACAAAUGUUCAUCAAAUGGUGUACCGGUAACCCAAACCAAUGGAUCUACUCUUCCAUUGGUAUCAAGCACCAGCAAAGAUGCCGAACUCGGUGGUUACAAUCCAUUUGACCAUCGAACAAUCCAACAUCCUACUACAGAUAUGGAAACCUUUAUUCAUCUGUUAAAAGGAAGUCUGGGUACAGGAAUAUUAGCUAUGCCCUUAGCAUUUCUUAAUGCUGGUUUGUUAUUUGGGCUUGUUGCUACUGCUACUAUUGGGUUCGUUUGUACAUAUUGUGUCCAUAUAUUGGUUAAAUGUUCCCAUAAGUUAUGUCGUAGAAUGCAAGUACCUGCAUUAGGUUUUGCUGACGUCGCCGAAAUUGCUUUUCUUGCAGGACCUCCAGCUUUUCAAAAAUUUUCUGGACUUUUUAGAGGCCUCGUUAAUACGUUCCUAACAAUUGAUUUACUUGGUUGUUGCUGUGUUUAUAUUGUAUUUGUUUCACAAAACUUAAAACAGGUGAUGGACAUCUACGUUUUUGAAAUGAACGUCAGAUGGUACAUGAUACUACUCUUACCAUUAGUUAUUGUUAUGAAUCUUAUUCGAAAUUUAAAAUACUUGGCACCAUUCUCCAUGAUUGCCAACUUUUUGGUUGGUAUUUGUAUGUGUAUUACCUUCUGGUAUGUAUUCCAAGACGUACCAUCAGCAAAAUCACUACCGUACAUGGCUGAUUGGCAUCAAUGGCCACUAUUCUUUGGUACUGCUAUCUUUGCUUUGGAAGGAAUUGGUGUUGUGAUGCCAUUAGAGAACAAUAUGAAAACACCUCAACACUUCAUAGGAUGUCCCAGUGUACUCAACAUCGGUAUGGCCAUAGUAGUAGUGUUGUAUUCAACCGUGGGGCUCUUUGGCUACAUGAAAUAUGGCAAAGAUACUCAAGCUAGUAUUACAUUAAAUCUUCCUCAGGAUGAAAUAUUAGCUCAAUCCGUGAAGGUUAUGAUAGCUGUUGCCAUAUUUCUCACGUACAGCUUACAAUUCUACGUGCCAUUUGAAAUUGUAUGGAAAUCUACUAAACAUAGAUUUACAUCUCAUCCAGUAAUUUUCGAAUACUUGCUCAGAAUUUUGUUAGUCAUAGGCACUGUUGGCCUUGCAAUUGCCAUUCCAAAUCUUGGGCCAUUCAUAUCACUGGUCGGAGCACUGUGUCUGUCGUUCUUGGGUUUGAUAAUACCGAGCUGUAUAGAUCUUGUAACAUGUUGGGAAGAUCCAGGAAUGGGUACUUUAUAUUGGCGACUAUGGAAGAACUUGGCCAUCAUUGCUUUUGGUAUACUAGGAUUAGUCACGGGUGUCUAUUGUAGCUUAAUUGAUAUCAUGAAAGAGUUGAGCCAUUGAGCACAAACAAAGAAAUUUAUCAUGAUUAUACUAAAUGACGGCAGCGACAUAACAAUUCUGACAGAACAGCAAUAUUAGCGUUGUCAACUACAUCUUAGAGUCCAGUAAUGAUUUUUACAAAAUGAAAAAAAAAAAUGACAAUAAUUACUAUUUUGUACUGAUAUACUACUAGGGUGCAACAGAGAAUUUGAAAAAAUAAUUAUCGACUUAGGUUAUGUCUUAUAAAUUUAAAAACUGUUCAAAGUAAUUUAACAACACUACCCGUAAAGUAGUGAUUCUAUAAAUUAAUUUUAAACUUUUGAACUCAUAAAAAAUUUUCAGAUAUCUUCGUUGCUCAAUAUUUAAUUCAGUUAGUAUUUAUCGUAUAAUAUGUGUUAGAUAUCAUAUUAUUGUAAAUUAAAAAGAUAGUAGAAUAGCUGGUUUACCAAAUUCCUAAAAAAAACCUCAAUUUUUUAUUUGGCAUAACAUAAAACAAGUCAGUCUUUUUUUUUUUAUUAAUAUUAAAACUUCAUUCAACCGUAUCUAAUUUAAUAUACAACACUAUACUUACCGUAUUAUUUAUCAUUAACAAAAUACAUUAUAUUUUUCACUUCAUUGGUAUGUUAAAUAUGUUAAGUUAUUAUUGAAAAUUUUGUUGUAACAUUUAUAAAUUAUACUUUUAUUUUAAAUAAUGGAAUAAUAAUUUUUUCGAUAGCAUUACAUAAUUCUAUAGGUAAUUUUAAAAAUAAAUAAAAAACUUCGUUUUACUAUAAAAAUAGUGAUUAUAAAACUAACUGAAUUUAUUUUGUUCGGGGCAAUAAAAUGUCAUAGUAAAGACGAGACGAUUUUUUUUAUCAAUUUAAUUUUGUACUAGAGCAUAAUUUGAUGUGUUAAAUAAUAAUUUCAAAAAAAAAAAAUUACGUAUAACUAUAAAGUAUCGUCAAACAAGGAAAAAUGUUCAUUUGAUAUUUUUCGAAAACAGUUUUUAACAAAUAAAACUUUUAUUCUUUGUAAUGUGUUAUUUUACAACAACUACAUGUAAGUAAGUAAGAUACACAUAAUAAACUUUUGCAAACGAAAAAUCCCAAAAAGUAUUUAAUGUAUUUAUUUAAUACUAGUUAAUAAUUGACCGUCCAUAAAAUGAUAACUAUAAAAAUAAUUAGUUGUUGAGAAAAAAUAUUAAUGUGAGCGAAAAUUCUCUUGUUGAUAAAAAAAAAUCACAAUCUACUUAAACAAAAAUACAUUAUAAUUAUCAAUAGUGUACAUCAAUAUUUGUCUGUAAAAUUGAUUUGAUUUAUAGCCAUAGGUAGUAAACUAAAAUGAAAAAAUUGUGAUGUAGUUUUUAAAAAAAUGUAAUUGUGAAAAUAUAUAAUAUUAUUUUAUUAUUGUCGAUAAUAACAUUAAGUUAAUUGGUCAAUGUAAGUAAUGUAUAAUAAAUUAUUUUUAGACUGAAAUAUUACAAUUCAUAUCCGCCAUUGUUGUUGAUUUUAGUGAUCUAGCGUAUCUGAAUAUUCUUGUAUUUUAUUACGAAUAAUAGAUACUUUUGUUAAUGUAAAACUCUAAGUGGCUACUCUUUAGAAAAGUGUUCAAUAUUUACGUAUUCAAAAUAAUGUACUGUGUAUUCGAUUGAUGUACAGAUUACUUUAAAAUCUUCGACUGUUCGAGCAUUUUUUAAUAGAUCAGUGCAGUGAUAACGAGAAUCGGUUAAAAUUAUACCAUCUCUUUUAUGGAUUCAUUAAUAUUUCUAUUAUUUUUUUAUAAAAGAUAAAUUAUAUUUUUAUGAUAAUUAUUUUGAUUUACGAUAUGUAUUAAUAUAUUAGAAGAUAUAAUUAUAUAUUUCUAUGUACAAGUAUAAGCCUAUACAGGCCCGUACUGGCUUCAAUCAGAGGGCGCGGGAAUACAAUUAUGAAACAAACCCAACCAAUUUACUAUGUGAGGCAUAGGGAGCACUGGGAAACUUCCGAAACCUAAAAUCCCAACGGGCCUGAACCUGUAUAGAUCGAUAUAGUUGUAUCUGUAAUUAUAUUAUUUACAGUAUUCACUUGUUAGUUACCGGUGUCUUUAUUUCUACUUUUUGUAUGAUUAUACUUAUGAAUUGAACUUCAAUGAUCAUAUACUAUUAAUUGAAUCCCUAUAUAUUUUUUAAUAACUUUUAUUUAUAGCCACAACUUUUUCUAAUAUUAGACUUAUAAAAAAUACACACAGUAUUGAUUUAUUUCGUAUGCGCCGACACUGUAAAGGUCACGCUACGAUCAAUUGAAUUGUUGUAUGGAAAAUGUUUGGUUAGUAUUUUUCACUUUCAGUUGAAGUUAAAAAAUAUAUUCGAGUUCAUUGGUGGCGGAAACUAUUUUUUAAUUUUUGAAGAAUUAAAACAUACUAUAAUACUUUCAAAUAAAUUAAUUGAUCAGAUAAAUGUUUUUAAUCAAUGCAUCAAUCAUUUUGAGAUCAUAAAACACUCACAUAAUAAAAUGUACUAAAGGAUGUUAUCACAACUCCUUAUUUUUAUCAUACAAAAUAAAAUAAAAAUAGUGAUAUCGUUUGCUACUACUUGAGAUAUUUUUUUGUUUUACUUUUAUGUUGAGCUAUCAUCUAUUUUUAAACUAAAAUGUCAUUAUUAUAUUUUAUAAAUGUGUUUUCUUUUUAAGAAUUUUUUUAUUUAUUUGAUGAACGAAAAUAGUUUUUUAAUUAUUAAAUAAACAUAUAUUACUAUAAUCAUACAUUUAUAAUAAAGGUAUACCCGUGGAAGACCCAUGAAAUUAAAUAGAAUUUUGUUAUGUUGGAAUAAACAUCCUGUACGUCAAACAAUAAUACUAAUCCUUAUAUUCAUUUAAAUACAUUUUUACUAAUUUUUAUUUUUUGUAUUAUUAUUUAUCAGAUAUAAAU